GCUUUUUGUUCUUUUUAAACUCCAUUCAUAUUGAGCAUAACACACGCAAAAUGGGAGAUAACUAAUCUCUACUGGAACUGGUUUGCUUGUCGAACAAGCUCACACCUCUCGAGCGAACAACAGCACGCUAUCAGCACCCCCGCGUCGUAUCAUGUAACGUUGAACGAUAAAACAAUCGCCCACCCUAACAUUGCUUUCCCAUCAACUGAUUUGGUCGGCCAGAAGCUAUAAAAUGAAUGCAAUCCGCACCUAUUGGUCCAGUGCCCCACUGUCGGGUUGUCGUUAAAUUGGUGUCCUUCCCUGUGAAAAAUGAAGCUUUUAGUGCGCCUCGCACCGAUCCUGCUGCUAGCCCUAACCGGUCGCCCGGUAGCCGCCCAGCACGAUCCCCACUUUGUCCGCGGCCACAGCACGAUCGUGCAUCUGUUCGAGUGGAAAUGGAGCGACAUUGCGGACGAGUGUGAGCGCUUCCUGGGGCCCAAAGGGUACGGCGGUGUGCAGCUGUCUCCGGUGAACGAGAACAUCGUCAUUCGACUGGCUGAUGGAUCCCGCCCGUGGUGGGAACGGUAUCAGCCCAUUUCCUUCAAGCUGGACACGCGAUCGGGCUCGGAGGCUGAGUUUGCGGACAUGUCGCGGCGCUGCAAUGCGGCCGGCGUGCGUCUGUACGUGGACAUCAUCAUCAACCACAUGGGAGCGACGCAACCCGUCGAGCCGGCUUUUGGUACGGGAAGUUCCACGGCCAUUCCCUCGGACCGUCAGUUCCCGGCGGUACCGUUCGGAUGGCCCGACUUUAACCCACCGUGUGCCAUCAACGAUUGGGGCAAUGCGGAGCAGAUCCGGAACUGCGAGCUGGUGGGACUGCACGAUCUGAACCAGGCGGUGCCGUGGGUGCGUGACCGUGUCGUUGACUUCCUGAACCAUCUGAUCGAGCUCGGUGUGGCCGGAUUCCGCGUGGAUGCGGCCAAACACAUGUGGCCCGCCGAUCUGGCGGUGAUCUUCGGACGGCUCAACAACCUCAACACUGCGUACGGGUUUGCGCCGGGAUCGCGCGCAUUCCUCGCGCAGGAAGUCAUCGAUAUGGGGGCGCACGAAGCGGUUCGCAAGUUUGAGUACACGUUCCUCGGCACAGUGACGGAGUUUAUGUUCUCGCACUAUCUUGGUCGUGCGUUCGGUGGAAAUGACGCGCUCCGCUGGCUGUCGAACUUUGGCGAAGCGUGGGGUCUGCUGGCGUCCCGCGAAGCGUUCGUGUUCGUGGACAAUCACGACAAUCAGCGCGGUGACUACGGUAUUCUCACGUACAAACAGCCCAAACCGUACAAGAUGGCCACUGCGUUUGCGGCCGCGUAUCCGUACGGCCAGCUGCGCAUCAUGAGCUCGUUCGCGUUCACCGACUUUGACCAGGGGCCGCCGUCCGAUGCGCAGGGCAACCUGCUGUCGCCCAUCAUCAAUCCGGACAAGACGUGCGGCGGCGGCUGGGUGUGCGAGCACCGGUGGCGCCAGAUGUACAGUAUGAUCCACUUCCGCAACCUUGCCUGGGGUACGCCGCUGCAGCACUGGUGGGACAAUGGCAACAAUCAGAUUGCGUUUGCCCGCGGGGACGUCGGCUUUGUGGCGUUCAACAACGAACCGUUCGACAUGAACGUGAUCCUGCAGACGGGGCUGCCGGCCGGUAUCUACUGUGAUGUGAUUUCGGGUGCUCGCGAGGGCGAAACGUGCACCGGGCUGCAGGUGAUUGUAGAGCCGAACGGGUUCGCCUCGAUUUCUAUCCGAGCCAACGCGGAGGACGGUGUGAUUGCGAUCCACAGUGAGUCUCGGCUGUAAGGCUGUAUUGAUGGCAGUAUGACGACGCUUUAGACGGGAAUUUCCCACGACAGCUCCUCGUACGUGUCACAGUUGUACUGGAACCAUCGGUCCGCGCAAAGCUUCGAGCAGAACAACACACUAAGUACAAAAUUUCGCGCAUAUUCCUUCCUGCAAAUAAAUACAAUUGAAGAAGAAAACAAAAACAACUUGAAAUUAAUAAACGCCAAUCUCCCAAGGUGGGUACAGAA